CUAAUUUUCACCCGUUCUUUCCGACAUUUCUCCACCAGGUCACAUGACAGUUCGCAAUGUGUAAAAUUCCGUUAUGGCCCUGGUUAGCCAUAGCAUGGAGACAGAUGAUGGUGCUGGUGUUGGUGCUCCUGCAGCUCUUCUGCGCCAGUGCCGACCAGUUAAGUGGUUCAAGAGCAAACGAUGGAAGUCCAGGAUCGGGAACAGGAGCUACGAGUCACGCGGGGAUACGAGAAUCAACGGGAUCGGGUGCAAGUGGCAGCAGCAGCAGCAGCAGUGCUUUCCUGUUCGGAGCAAACAAACCAUCUGCGGCAGCCAUCGAGGAUUCGCUGCAGACGAUCCAUGACAUUGCCACGGAAAAUUUGGGCACGCUCUGCCUGACAAAGCUGUUCCGGCCGCUGCAAAUCACCUUGAACCCGGAACGCUACACAGGUGCACGGCAGAAGGCUGACCUAGCUGCGGUGGUGCUCCAGGACGUCGGAGUUGCCCGUCACAACGGUUUGCUGGACGCCUUGGCGAAAGGGCUGCUCUCGGACGUUCAUGUGACGAGUGCACGAAUUCUUUCGAUAAAUAUCUCCGACGGUAUGGUGACCAACUCCGUGUGGUGGAACAAACCCACCUCCGCCAUGGGUGGACCGAUUCGGAUAGAGGAAGAAGGAAUUGCCGUGGGAAGGAUCCCCGAUCCUAACUAUCCUUGGUUCGAGGACGAAUCAUCUUCACCGGGGUUGCGAUCUCCCAAGUUCGCUCCCUCGCCGCUUAACAUAUCUUUCAAGGGUUGGUGGACGUACCCUUAUUAUUCCUGUAGUCACAAAGGGUGGAUUCUAUCGUACAGUGUUGCCAUACCUCCGAUGGGGCGACAUGGGUUACGGGGAUUCCUCAGCAUCGACAUCGACAUCUCGGACCUGCAGGUCAACCAGUGCAACAACCCGAACAAGCUGGAAAUCAUGAGCUACAAUCAACACCUCAGACAAUACUAUCCCUUCGUGCGGAACUCCAAGCCCACCGAAGAGGAGCAAUACAGCCAGAUCGAAGCGUUUCAUGGGUCGCACAAGUGUCACGUUCACAGUAUGCGCUGCGUGUACCGGCCGGUGGUGACAAACGUGGCAACGGCAGUCAAUUUAAACUACAAUCACUAUAGCAACACUAGUAGUUACACAAACGGUAGCAGCGGUGGUGGAUCGGCCAUCAUCAGCAAGAAUCUGCGGGUCAUCAACGGGUGGAAACGGGGGGCGUACGAGUGCAAGUGCAGGGAUGGCUUCUACUCCGGUCCACAUCCGCAGGGCUUCAACGGAAGCAUUAUGGAGGUGGCUUAUCAGGAGUACCGGGACAACGUUAGUAGCUUCUUCAUGGAUUCGUUCAUCUGCUUGCGAUGUGCGCCGGGCUGCGCAUUCUGUACCGGGCCGGAACCCUGCUUGGCCAGCUAUAACUGGGUUUUUCGAACGACCCUACUGACCUUCUCGGUGAUGUGCGCCGGGUUCACCAUCGUUCUCACACUGUACAUGUACCAGCACCGCAAAAUCAAGGUCUUCAAGGUGGCCAGUCCGAUAUUUCUCACCAUUACCCUGCUGGGUUGUGCCUUCAUGUAUCUGGAAAUGGCCGCCAUCUUUCCAAUUCUGGACACCUAUUCGUGCAUCGCAACCAAGUGGACCCGUCACAUGGGCUUCUGCGUAACCUACACGGCGCUGUUGAUGAAAACGUGGCGCGUAUCGUUAACCUAUCGGGUCAAAUCGGCUCACAAGGUCAAACUCACCGAUAAGCAGCUGCUGCAGUGGAUGGUUCCUAUCCUGCUGGUGAUGUUUAUUUAUUUGGGGACCUGGACUCUGUCGGCGCCUCCAACGGCGGAGAAGAUAGUCGAUCAGACUGGACUCAUUUUCAAACAGUGCUCCUACAACUGGUGGGACCACAGCUUGGCCAUCGGCGAGGUGCUGUUCCUGGCAUGGGGCAUCCGAGUGUGCUACAACGUCCGGAAUGCCGAGUCACUCUACAACGAGGCCCGGCUCAUCUCGUAUGCCAUCUACAACAUCGCACUCGUCAACACCACCAUGGUUGCUUUCCAUUUAUUCUUCUUCCCACAAGCCGGACCCGAUAUAAAAUAUCUGCUGGGCUUCAUCCGGACACAGCUCAGCACAUCCGUGACGAUAGCGCUCGUGUUUGGACCGAAAAUUUUGCGAAUAUUGCGCGGCCAGGGUGACCAGUGGGACCAACGGGCCCGGAAACGAGGCAUAACCGCAUCGUUUUCGCUCAACGGCAUCGGAUUGGUUCCGGAGGAAACCGCAGAUCUCUACCAGGAAAACGAGGAACUGAAGGAAGAAAUUCAGAAACUCGCUGCUCAAAUUGAAUUUAUGAGGAUUGUUCACAUGGAGAUGAACAAUCGGCACCUGAAGCCCAAACCGGGGGGCUACUUCACGCUGAAAAGCCCGCUCGGCAAGAGCAUCGGAGGCAGUGGGCUGCACUCAUCGCACAAGCACAAAUAUCCGAAGGAGGACUCACUCAAGGAGACCAGCGGCAUCACCGAGGAUGGCCACAGUGGUACCAACAGCUGCUACUCCGGCACUGCCAACUCCGUUGGCUACUCAUCAACAACCCAGCAGCAACAGCAUCAAUCCCAGCAACAGUCUAACGGAACCGAAAGGGUAUGACAUGGCUACCGAGGUGGACGAGAUUGCUCAGCCGCACCCGUCGUCGUCAUAAUCACAACCCCACCGCCCAGCACCACCUCCCGUAAAGCAUUAUCACCCCUCAGCGGUACUCCCUCAUCAUCUUCCCCAACGUACACAGCGACUGACAGCACCAACCACAACGACAGCGUCAACAUGAAUUACAAUCUUCGCCAACGCAGCCGUGAAAAUGGCCCCCUAGGCGGUACCCAAAGUCAGAUCAGCAGCACUAUCAACAACGCAAACUGUACCAGCAGUAAUAAUAACCAAUUCGAAACGGAACACCCGGCACAAACAACGUCGUCCCGUUCCGACAAGGACGACGACCUACAGGAACAGCAGCAUUAUAAUCGAAUCAACAACAAUCAUGUAAUUGAUGGACCCGUAGGGCCCGACGAUUGCCCGUCGUUUGGCUCUUCCAGGGCAUCGCUGGUGACCGCCGCCGCCACCAGUGCCGCCGAUGAUGACUGCGAGCCCAAUUCCGUCACAAAUCCUACCCUUACCCCAACAAUGUCCAACGGCAGCAAUGAAUCACCAAGCAAAAGCGUUGACAGCAGAAUCCCCGUUUAUGUCUGAUAGCGGCAGUGUGCCAUACCCGCCGGAGUGACCCCAAGGUCUUAAGUUGAUUCUUUGUUUCGCCAUCGGUGAUGAUAAACCAGUGCUGUAGCGGCAGUGUUGGGGUGUGAGGUCGUUAAAAUGUUUUGGUUGAUGGAAAGAUUACUGGCGUUCUGAAAAUAGAGGAAGCAGGAAUUUUCCUCAGUAAUGUUAUGGGAUUUGAAAAGCCGUCAAUUCCACUCGAUUUAUGUGCAUAUCAGAGCAAUUAGUUUUUGGAUUGAAAGACACUACCCCGCCGGUUCGCCCGACCCAUGGGUGGAAGCAAGCUGAAAACCAAUUUGUCAGCAUGAUGUCGCCGGAAGCUGCCCAUGGCCCUACCAACAACAACAGGUUCCGCUUUGAUGAUGAGCAACAGCCCGUUCUACCCACAGCUACACAACACAGUUCUUUUUUGCCAUGCUUUUUGAAUGUCACCAACUCACUCUUGCGCUCCUGCUGAUGGCUGUCACUUGUAGCAUUUAGGAGCUGUGUUUCAUCCGCUAUCCCCUAGAGGCGAACCUAGGACGAGAAACUGCCAACACGAUAUCCCAAAGUCAACCGGAUGAUUUCGCCCCACCACCGCCCGUAAUGGUAAUUAGAUUGAAUUGAAAUUGAAGUACAUGUUAACGAGCACACAUUUUAGUGGCCCCCUUCACAUCGACCAGUCAGUUUUAAUUAGUAACAGUGAAAGAGGGCGGUUUAUUUCGUAGAUCAUCUCAUCAUACACGGGCACAUUUCCAUGAUUACCUGCUGGAACAAGGUCGUAAUUAUUUGUGAGCUAACAGUUCUAUGAACUACAUAUGAUUCCACCAUGUACUGACUGGGUUUCCCUAGAUACUUUGAAACAUAAUUACCCAAGACGGAAUGGUUCACCUCGGUAGUUUGAAGGACUGAGAUCAAAUUAGGUGGUGACAAUAAAGAAAAAUCAAACUAGUUGAGAUUGAGAACAAUUGUGCUGCAACAAAUUUCUUGGGAAUAUUAGAGGAUCGUGAAAUUAGAACGCCUCUCAAGCUGAUGAAAUGUAGCAAGGACUAGAUAUCAAUAGGAAAGAUUCUUAGAGGAAAAAUAUUAUUUUAUUCUUAGUUUUAAAUAGCAAACAACAGCACGAUGCAGGUGAGUGCCGCUUAUUUUUAUUUCCAACGAUACUUUGAAACUUUCCUUUAAACAUCCAGAAUUGUGGCAAUAGCUCAAUGCGACAGAUAACUCAUAGAUGAAAAGUAUCAAUCGAUUUCACCUUGAUCAACAUACAUGAUCCAAAUCAGAUUCUAUUCCAACUUUCAGCUCCUUUCCAUAAAUGCCGUAUAAAUGUUGAUCAUGGCUCCAGAGUUUAAGUAAUAAAAUUACUGUAAAAAGUAAAUCCAUGGAAAUCAUGGAAAACUAGGUAAGAAAUACCCUGCACAAACCGAUGUUCGAUGUCACUACAAAUAGUCAGCCCAUAAACGUGAUAAUUUUCCAGCGUUUGAUUUCAAACAUUCAAGCAAAGCCACGAACAAUAGAGCAAAAGACUCGACUAAGUUUAAUCGAAGCUAAAAUUCAACUCAAACCAUAUAAACCUGCUAACACAUGUGUAUAGUUGUUGAACAAAAAAAAACGGUCGAUCAUAAAGAGUAAAGACAAUGUAACAUCUAGUGUUAAGUACUGUCAUCGUUAAGCAACCUACAGUCAAUGGAGACAAUUGAUGCAAAUUAGAUCUCGAAACCUGAAUACGAAACUGAUUAGUGAAAUCUAUGUGAUAAGUGGUGUUUGCUGGUGGCUUUGAUCCUGGUUACGGUUUAUGGUUUACAAUCAUUUCAGUUGUAAAGGUGUGCCGAAAUCAAUCUGAAGGUUUAAUUUCAACACAUUUACAGGUACAGUCUGGUGUAAAGUUAGACCCGAUAGAAUGGGUUUACCUGGGAAACGGGAUAGAAGAAUCAGUGUUUCAGGGGCUGGAGGGACUCUUAAAAGUCCUUGAGGAAUAUAUUAGGGGCUGUUCAUAAACCACUUUUGUCCAUACAAAAAUUUUAAAAUUUGUAUGGAGCGUAGACUUUGUCCAAAACCCUCCAAAAAGUCUACGUGGUUUAUGAACGGCCCCUUAUAGAAUUCUUGGAAAAAACUUCCUAAAGAAUCCCUGGAGACAUUUCUAAAGGAACCACUGGGGAUAUGUCAGAAACAUUGUAAAACCUGUUGGAAGGAUUUUCUAAAUUCUUAGAAGAUUUACAUAGAAAUGCCUUUAGCAAUUUCUGAAAAAAUGUGAAUGAAAUUGAAGAUUUUUUUAAGAAAUUUUCACUAAAAUUCCUGAAGAAUUCCUUGAAAUUGUGUGGAGAUGUUUUGACAUGGAAUUCCUUGAGAAAUUUCAUAAGGGAUCCCUGGAUGAAUGCCUAAAUAGAUUUCUAAAUGAAUAUCCAAAUGAAGUUACAAAGAAAUUUAUAUAUUUUUAGAAGAAUUGGGGAAUUUCCUAAAAAAAACGCAAAAAAGGAAGCUGAAGGAAGCCCUAGGGCCGCCUUUCUCAAACUAUGGGUCACAACCCACCAGCCCCAUAAGAAGUUCAUGCGUCGGAAAAGAAGUUUUCUAAUGGAAUUUCUGAAGAAAUCUAUGGAAAUAUUUAUGAAGAAACAUCACGAGAGAAGAAUAUAUAAAUCUCUGUAGAUAUUCGCAGAACAAUCGAUUGAGGAAUUCAUGUAGAAAUUUUUAGGAAAUAUUAUAAAAAAUCUUAAUAAAUUCCUUAUAGAUUUCGUAGAGAAUACUGAGAGGAAAUCCUGGAACCAUGUCUGAGGACUAAGAAAACCAGUAAUCGUAUAAGAUGUUUCAAAGAUGAUAAAGUGGAGGCCAUAUGAGUGCAUGCUUUCAUUUAGACGCAUGUAAAAUAUUCGCAUAUCGCCUCCACUUUAAAAUCUUAUUCAACAUCGUAUACGAUCACUGGUUGACUGGGGAAUUAUAUAAAGUAACACCUGAAGGAAAUCAUAAAAGUAUUUCUAUAUUUUAAAAAUAGUAAAGGAAUGCCUAUUCUUAUUCCUGAAGGAAUUACUGGGUUUUAUUUUUUUUAAGAGACCAUUCUAAGAAAAACCGAAGUAAUGCUUGGAAAGCUUUCUGAUAUUUCUUAAAAAAUCCAUGAAAGACUUACUUGAUGAAGUUUUAGGUGAUUUUCGAAUAAAUAUCUAAAAAAUCUCUGCAUGAUGUUGUUAAAACAGUAUUUCUGAUGGAACAACCUAAAGAAAAAAAACAGAAAGCAUCCGUGAGAAAUUUUUAAAAUUUUUUUUUGGGAAUUUAUAAAGGAAUCCUUGAAACAAUUUUGGAAGGAAUUCAUGAAAGAUGAAAACGGAAUUAAUAGACAAAUUUCUGGAUGAAUUCCUUAAGGAUUUAUGGUGCAAGACUUGGAGAAAUUUUAUGAAUAAAUAUUGCAAGAAUUCCUUAAUAAAAAAAUUAAUGAGGUAAACAUUGUAAACAUAUUUGAAGGAAUUCUGAACUUUUGAGUUUAUAAAGUAAUUGUUGCAAGAAUUUUAGAAAAAAAAACAAUGAAAGAUUUCCCCAAAAAAAACCGGAAAGGAUUUGUAAAAAACUGCAUGGAUGAAUUUCUGAUGAAUUUGUGGAAGGUUUCCAAGAGUAAUACUUGAAGAAAUUUCUGGAGGCAUCUCUAGAGGAAUUUCUGAGGAAAUUCAAAGUGGGAAAUUCAGAAAUCUAUUUUUAAAGAACUCCGAAAGGAAUUCCUGGAGAUUUUUACUCUUGCAAUCCCUGGUUGGAUUUCUAAAUGAAGCUCUAGAAGUAAUUCGUAGAGAAUUUCCGUGUAGAAAAUUUUGUAUGAAUUAUGAAAGAUCUAAGAAAUCUCUGGAAGAAUAUCUAAAGAAAUUUGAAGUCCAAUUUCCUAAGGAGUCCCUGGAAAAAAUCCUUAAAGAAUCCUUCGAUUGUUUUAAGUAAUUGCUGGAGGAAUAGUCUUGAACGAGGUUUCUUGAGAAAUUGCUGUAGGAUUUUCUAAAGGAAUGCAUGUAAGAACUAUGGUUUUGAAAAAUUUUCUGUAGGAAUCACUUUAGAAAUUUCUGGAGGAAGACCUAAAGAAUUUUCAGAAAGAAUCCCAAAAGAUAAUUUUUGAAGAAUAAACACAAAAAAAACUCCUCCUCCUUCAUAAAAAGAAACCCUGAAGAUUCUCUGGCAAGAAAAGUCUCCGAAGAAUGUUUAAAAUAAAACCUUGGGGAAAUUUCUGAAUAAUUAUGGGAAAAAAGGAAUUCUUUAAGAAAUUUCUAAUGUAAUUUCCAGAAGAUUUUUUUAAGGAAUUCCUAGAAAUAAUUCCUAGACAUUUUUUAAAGGCAUCUCAAGAAAAAUUCCAGAUGGCACCUUUGGAGAAGCUUGUAAGGAAAUCUGUGAAAGGACUAAAGAAAUUUUUGGUGGUUUUCCAAGAAAUGUUAAGUAAGUAAGUUCUGGGAAAAUUCCAUAGAGAAUCCUCAAAAGUUUAUUUGAACUAGUCACAGUAGGAAUUUGUAGGAAAUUUCUAAAAUAAUCUAAAGGAAUCCAUGAAAGAAUAUUUGAUUUCGUAAAGGAUUCUGAAUGAAUCUCUAGAGAAAUUUUCAAAGGAAUCCUAAAGAAAUUUUCGAGAGAAAGAAAGAUAAAAUAUUCGUAUAUUUUGAUAGAACCCCUAAAAGAAUUCCCCCGGGGAAAUUCUUCCCUGUAAUAUUUUUGAAUUUACUUGGAGAAAUUUCUAGUGGAAUCUUUAGAACAACGCCGAAGAAGUUUCUGAAAGAAUUCCUGAAGAAAUAUGUGAACGAAAAAUAAAAUCACUCAAUCUCCACCUCUUUCCUAAACAAAAAUUUGAAGAGAGGUUUUCCAUGGCGAAAAACCUGAAGUUUGAGAAAAUUUAUAAAGGAAAACGCGAAGCCAUUCCUAAGAGAUGUUAAGUUUAAUAUCCUAUUGGAAACACUGAAUAAAAAUCACGAGUUCGUAAAGCAAUUCCGAGCACAAGUUCCUGAAGAUUGCACUUGAAGAAUUGCUAAAAAAAUAUAAAAUAAAAAUAAAAAAUUCUGAAAGAAUUCCUGGAGACAUUUCUGAAGAAAUCCACAGAAAUCCACUUGCUGAAGAAAUCCUUGGAGCACUUCGUGAAAUGAUUUCUGCAGGAAUAUAAAAAAAUCUCAGGAAGAAAUUCAAAAAAAAUCAGUUUUUUUUUUCAGUAGAAACCAUGGCAGGUUUUACAAAGAAAUCUUUAGUAAAAUUUCCUGAGAAAUCAUCCCUCCAGAGGAAUAAAUGUUCUCUCUCAGGAACAUUUUAUGAAAGAAACUAUCGAGGAAUUCUUAAACCCUAAAAGGGAUAUCUUCAUGGCCUCAGUUUCGUCACCUCGCUGAGUGUGUUCCAUCAAAGACUAGCUCUGAAAGGCGCCUGGGGUCCAAUGGACCCCAGGUAUCCCUUUUUGGGUUAAUAAAUAUUAACUGAAGAAAACUAUGCAUUAAUAUCUGAAGGAAUUCAGAAUUUCUGAUUCUCUAAAGGAAUCAUUGCAGAAAUUUUUGAAAAAAAUAUUUGAGGAAAAUUUUCCGGAAGGGUUUCAGAAAUGACAUAUGAAGGAAUCCAUUGAAAAUUUUCUGAGAAAUUCCAUGAAAGGUUUUCUAGAUGAAUCCUUAAAGAGUAUUCUGGAUGCUAGUCUAGAGUGGAGGAAUUCAUGGAGGGAUUGCUGAACCUUUUUGGAUUGUUUUGGGAAUCCCUCCAUGAGUUUUUCCAGAAACUACUUUAUAGAAUAAAACAUACAGAAAUUCUAAGGGAAUUCAUGUAAAAUUUUCUGAAUGGAAUCGUUGAAGAUUUUUACUCAAGGAAUUCGUAUAAAUUUUCCAAAGGAAUUGUUGAAGAAAUAAAGAAGAUAAUAAAGCGGAGGCUAUAUGCGUGCAUGCCUUCAUUUAGGCACAUGUAAAAUGUACGAAUAUCGCCUCCAAUUUAUCAUCUUAUACAACAUCUUAUACGAUCACUGGUUGACUGGGUUGUACAUACAGAAAUUUUGAAAAAAAAAACAUGUUUAAAUUUCUAAAGGCAUCCUUACAAGAUUUUGUAAAUAAGUAAACACAAAGGAAUAUCUAGACAAAAACCCUGAAGGAAACUUUGGAUGAAUUUCUAGAAUAAUCUAUGGAAGAUCUAAUUAAUACAUAAAAGAAUUUCUAAGAAAGUUCUAAGUCCCUAAGCACUAAGUUCUUAGCUCUUAAGGAGUUCCUGGAAAAAAAUUAAGGAAACCUUGGAAAAUUGUUUGAGCUUUUCCCAGGAGGAACUCUCUGAGGAAUUCAUAGAAGAUUUUCCAUUAAAAAAAUCAUUGUAGCUUUUUCCUUAGGCAUUCUUAGAAGAAUUUUUUGACGGUUUAAGAAUAUUAAAAGAUUAGAGGAAUCUGUGACAAAUUUCUGAAGGAUAAUGUGGAUAAACUCCAUGACAAAUUCUUUCUGUAUUUUCUGAAAUAAACCAUAGAAGAUUUUUUAAAUAAAAGCCAAAGAAAUUUCUGAAGGAAACCACAAAGGCAUUUCUGAGAGAAUCCCUGCAGGAAUGUUUCAAGGAGAAAAAGUCCGGAUAAACUGCUGAAUUAAUUUUUGCGAGAGCUCCUGUAGGAAUUUCAGAGGAAUUUCUGAAAGGUGGUUUUGUAGGAAUCCCUCGAGGACCUUCUUCCCUGGAAAAUGUUCUAAUGGAAUACUUGGAAAAAUUUCUGGAGGAAACUUUGGAAUGAUUUGUGAACAAAUUCUAGAAAAUCUUCCUGGAACCCAUUUUGGGAAAUUUUCUGAAGAAACUCUUAUAUGGUUUUUAAAAGAAGUCCUGGGUGGAUUUUUGGAAAAACUCAUGCAGUAUUUUUGAAGGAAACUUUUGUAAAAUUUCUUGAAAUUUUUGAGAGGAAUUCUUGGGGCUAUUUAUGGAAAAUUCAUCUCUGAAUUUCUUAAGAAGUCCAUGCAAUGAUUUUCCAAAAGAAUUCCUUAAAAAAUUCUGGAGGCUUCCCUGAAGACAGCUAAGAGCAAUCGCUGAAGAAAGCUUUGAAAUCAAUCCUUGGAAGAUAUUUUGAAAACGUCCUCUUGUGAAUCCCUGUGGGAAGUUUCUAAGGAAUCUCUAAGGGAAUUUUAUAAGAAAUUAUUUAUAAGAAAUUUUUGUAAACCUUUCAAAGAAACAGAGGAAUUUCAAAAAAGGUUUCUGCAGUAUGUUUUAAUGGAAACCGUGGAGAAGUUUCUGAAGGAGAAAAUAUUCGAAUAAACUCCUGAAAGAUUAAUUUGAAAGAACCUCUGGUGGAUUUUUGGAGAAAUUUGUGGAUGAUUUUUAUGCAAUGGAACUUUGGAAAAUUGUCUAAUGAAAUGUUUGUAGAAAUCUCUUUGGAAUGGAUUUUCUUUGGAAUAAUUUCUGAACAAAUCCUUGGAAAGUGGAAAGCCAUUCCGGGAAAAUUUUUGAAGAACCUGAUAUUCUAAUUCUAAUAUUUUAAAAAAAUCGAAAAUAUAUAUGUUUUUAAAAGCCAUACACAGUUUAGUGAAGGAAGCCUAUCUCGAAGAAUCUUGAGAAGAAUUUCUGAAGAAUUCCAGGAGGAAUAUUUGGAAAAGAGACUUUCAGUCCUACAAUUCCUGGAAGACUUUUGGUGAAAUUCUUGAAGGUUUUUUUUUUGGAGAAAUUUCCUGAUUCCUUGAAGAAUGUUUUCAAAUCAAUCCUUCGAGGAUUUUUUUAAAAAGUCAUUGUGAGAAUUCCUGAGAGAAUUUUCAAUGGAAUCUCUGGAGAAAUAUCGGAAGGAAUGUUUGGAAGGUUUUCUAAAAAAAACGGAAGAAUUUGCGAAAAAAAAAUUUAAAGGAUUUUUGAGGAGAAAGGAUCUCUGGCUCUGAAGGAAAUUUUGGUGAAAUUUCUGGAUGAUUGUUUAGUAAAACAUCCCGAGAAAAAAAAUUGUUGGAUAAUUGUCUAAUGAAAUACUCGGAGAUAGGGGAACUUACGUAUUCUCGGCAGUUUUGUUCUCUUCGUCAUGGAGGGCUUUUUUAACCUGUUGAACUCAGAGUUGGUCUCAAAUCCUUCCCAACCAAGCUUAGUUAUAUGCCCAAAUUUCAGGAAACUUGGCUCACAAAAACCCCCCAGGACCUGUCCAUAAACUACGUAGACUCUUAUGGGGACGUGGGGGGGGGGGGUGGGUCUGGCCAAAGUCUACGCUCCAUAUAAAUUUCGAAAACUUUGUAUGGAAAAAAAUCUACGAGGGGGGAGGGGGUGUGAGAUGAUAAAAAAAUGAGUCUACGUAGUUCAUGGACAUCGCCCCAUGAAUAAAUUCGAAGCAAAUCCCUGAAAAAGUUCCGGAAAGUAAAUCUGAGAAAUUUUCUCAAUAACCUCUAUAUGAUUUUCUAUGGAAAUUCAAGAUGGCUUGUUUUGAAGAGUCCACUCAGGGGUUUUCAAAGGAAACUUUUGACAAAUUUUUGGAAGGACCUCGAGAAGAAUUUUAUGGAGUAUUUUUUUGAGGAAUUUAUUAGUCCAUGUUAAAGACUAUUUUAGAGCAAUCUCUGAGAAAGUUUCCAAUCAAUCCUGGGAGGAUUGUUUGAAAAUAUCCCUGUAGGAAUUCCUUCGCGAGUUUCGGAAAGAGCUUCUGAAGGUUUUUUCUUUUUUUUUUUUUGAAAAAAAGAUGGAAAAAAUUUUGAAUAACUUUCCAAUGGAUUUUUAAAAGCAUAUGUGGGAAAAUUUCUGAACAAUUAUCUCUACAAGAUUCUCUAAACGAAUAUAAUCAAUCAUUUUUUGAAGAAUUUUGAGGAGAAGGAAUCUUCCACAACUAUGAACUGAGAGCGUUAUUUGCAGCCAGUAUUUUUGAAACGUGAAAAACAAAAAUAACGCGUUAGGAUUACCAACAAGUCGAAGGAAUUCAAACCUGGAUGCCUUCAGUCACAUUACCACAAGAUCUGAUGAAAAUACCUUUCAUUUGCUGAGGAAUAUCUCUUGGAUGGUUUUCAAAUUAACUUUAGAAACUUUCUCAAUGCAAAAAUGACAAUGUACUCAAACUUCCAUCUUUACACUGUAAAUAACUGUUAAUUCUGACACUGUCAAGCCCGGGGCAAUAGAUGCAAAUGUAUUUAAGGAAUUUUAAUGAAAUCCUUUCCAGCUCCCAGUUUCCACUCUCAUACUUCCCAGUUCUCCUGAAAAUUACAUCCAAACUUCCUAAUUGACAGAUUGUCAACUCCCACGCCACCCGAGUUAAAAUCCACCUUUUUCCUAUGAACGAAACCUAAUCCGCUUCAUCCUCGCGCAGUAAAAGCACCAACUGACAAACACAACCAACAGCAAAACUUUCGAUCGGUACAACAGUUCGGUUCCCGUCGUUUAUGUCAUCGACGUGCCAUCACCAGCGAAACAUCAACGAGCUCAAGUUUUUAAAUUUUAAUCACUUUCCACAGAGCGUCCUGGCGUCGCGUCGUUGUCGUAUUGCCUGAGGACAACCAACAACUGAUCGAACGACGAAAACAGCACAAACGUCCCCCAACUUUGGACACCCAAAUUUGUUAACUUUCGACAGUGUUUUUCGCUUCAGGGGAGACGACAAAGAGUAUCGAAUGAACAAUUUCUCAUUUUCACCCCGUUCUUUUUUUUUUUUUUUUUUUUGUUUCGGAGUUCCGGCACCUAACUUUACUGGAACAGGGAUGGUGUUGGAUACCGUAAACGAUUCUCCUAAACAUUUACAUUAGGGUGCGACUUGUAUAUUUUGUAUGCUCGACAGAACUUAUCAUUGAAUCAAUUAGGUAAAUAAAUAUUGAAAACAAAUAAAGAAAGGUCUUUCAAAAGUUAGUACAAUGUACUUCUGCAAUUACUUCUUGAAGUUAAUGUUUCUUUUUCAAAAGAUUAUGACUCCUUUGCAACUGUUUGAAAAAAUAAAUAAAAUAAGCUCAACCCUAGUCGUCAUACAUAAACGUCCUGCAUCCCUUCCGGAAAUGAAAAUUUGCUGCUCCAACUAAACGAUAUACCGAAUAACUUUUAUUUUCGAGUUUUCCCUCUCCUUCAGAAAAAAAGAACGGGAAAUGAAGAAAUUCAAGCGGACAAUAAGAAUCCUAUUUACCAGUAUGCUUCACCACGUGCCACUCUCCUCCCUCACAGCAUAAUCCAUACGUAUGAAUAUAGAAGCCUAGCAAUAGCAAAUAGUAUAGGCUAAGGUAAAAUUAACCAAAAACUUUAUCUAUCUCUCUAUUUAACCAGUACUGCUAUAUAGCUCGUAUAACUACUAGACAAGUAGGAGAGUCGCACGUUUGCGAGCGCGUAUGAAACAUAGCUGAUGGAAGAACGAACCCAGCUCUCAACCCAGGUUUGCUAGCUAUCUUUAUGACCGACGGAAGCGGGAAGUGAAAAUUUUGAAAACGAUUUUCUUUCGUGACUGAUGGUACCUCCUACAAGGUGGCUGACGGAACAGGAGCAUUCGAUAUCAUUAAUAGGCUUCCUGUGUGUGUUUUAAAGCUCACGAAAAUUGCUGUUGAAAUUUUAAGGUCAGGUUUUGGAGGGUGCUUUUGAAUGGGAGGAUGAAACGGGUCGAGUGGUUUCGUUGAAAUUGAAAGGCAUUAUUUUGAAACAAAAUAUAUUUUUAGUUUUCAAAAACAGUUUUAAUGGAUACAAUAAAUAUCAAACUGAUGCUUCUAAGUUACCCUAAAACACCCCUAAAACCUUAUAAGAUCCACUAAAACCUCUUUAAGUGCUUUAAAUCGUCUCUGAGACCUACUUCUUCUAGUGUGCAGUUAUUAACUGAAGCGCUUUCUUUGCAUGCCAUUUCAUGAAUUUGUACAUUGUGUGGCAAGAACAAUGAUACACUAUGCCUAGGAAGUCGAGAAAAUUUUCCCGACCGGAACGGGAAUCGAACCCGCCGUCUCCGGAUUGGCGAUCUAUAGCCCUAAUCACUAGGCUAACUAAAGACCCCUUCUCCCUGAAAUUCCUUUCCUGAGACUCCAGAGUCAACUCUGAAAUUCCCUUAAACACCACAGGGACAACAUAAUCUCCCUGACACCUUUUUAAACACCCUUGAAACACCCCCGAACCGCUUUUAGAAACCACAAGCAACCUCUGGAAACUCCCUUCAGACUCCCUACGAACAUAUGUUGAGCGUUUUUAUAACAUUUCUGAUUCUUCCAGCCACCUGGUUUCCAAAGGGGAGCGAUUCAUUUUUUUAUCAGUUGCCUGGUACAGGACACAGAAAGCAUGAAGAACACUCUUUUUGAUAAUGGUGUUGUUGUGGGUGGAUGCAGAUAGGCCCUGCAGAGACAGAAACAUGUUUGUUUACAAAAAGCAGAAGAGCCCUAUUCAAAUGUUCGUCUAGAUUUUAUUACAUCGCCCACAUUUCUUAGUGUAUAGUGUCCUGGAAGAUAUUUGAAUACAUAUAACUAUUUGCGAUAUUUUCAAUUGUAUGACAUUAUUUUCCCUGCAAAUCCCUCUGAAAUUCUACCUGCAGUACUUUCUGGGGAUUUUUCCGGUUUUUUAUUGAGAUUUCUCCAGGUGUUCCUUCUGGGUCCUCCUGCAGGUCUUUUUGGAAUUCCUCUAGCUAUUUCUACUUCAAAGAAAUCAUUUUCUACAGAAGUUCCUUUCGAUUUUCCUCAAGGAGUUCUUUAUAGUUUCCUUCUGAAGUUUUAUAUAAAUUUACUCUAGUACCUAUUUAUUUUUGAGAUUUUAUUUCGGAAUUCCUUUAGAUAUUUCUUCUUGGACUCUUCAAGAAGGCCUUUCUGAGAUUUUUUCCAGGUUUCUGGGGUUUCUUCAAGACUUUUCUUUGGUAUUGAUUUUGAAGCAUCUUUUGCGACUCUUUGAGAAUUUGUUCUGGAAAUCCUUCCAAUCUUUUAUGGAAUGCCUUAAGAAGUUACUUCUCAUUUCCCUCACUGAGUUCCUUUGGGUCCAUUGGUGGAUAAACUAGGAAUUCUAUUGGAGAUCCUUCUAAAAUUCUUCCAGUAGUUACACUAGGGUUUUCUUCUAGAAUCUUAGAAAUAGCUUUUGGAAGAAUAGCUCAACAGUUUUGAAGUAGAUCUAUGACCUUUUUUUGAGAAAAAAUAUAAAAGGAACCCCAGGAGGAAAACCAGAAGGAUUUAUUGAAGGAAUCUCGGAAAUCCAGAAUAAAUCCCAAAAAGAGCUCCUUGAGGAAUCUCAGCAUGACGUUUCUCAGCAAUCUUCAUGGGAAUAUUUUAAGAAUUCUCGAAAUAAAAUUUUGGAAGAACUCCGGAAGCAGCUUCUAAUAAACACAGCAGGAACUCCUUGAAUAACCUAAAAAAAACUUCUUGACAAUUUUCAAAAAACGUGUUUUCAUUUCCUAGUAUAAUAGUACACUUUGAAUCAUGUCCGUAAGUAGAAGUAUCUCAAUAGCAUAGCAUAGCAUAGCAUAGCAUAGCAUAAAUACUUGCACAAAUCUUGGAUGGAGUUGCAAAGUUGAAUAUUUCCAUUGACAUUGCUGAUGUCGCUACUAUCUUCAAUGUCAUAGAUUCACUCAGCUCCACACACCUGGCCAAGUCCUUGCAAGCAUUUAUAAAUCCCUGCAUCAACUUAGAAAGAGCCCAGAACUGAAGCAUCUUCCAAUAGAUGAAAGGAUGUUGAAAAUAGCGAAUUUUCAACUUAUAUGCAGUUAAAUAUACUGAAAUAGAAUUAUUUAUAAAAAAAUAAUAUUGGAAAGAUCUCACCAAUUGUUGUGGGGGUUUUGUGGUUCAAUGCCGAUCAUCUAAUUGUUUUGAUUAAUGUUCUUCUCUGUAAAGAACAACACAAUACUUAGCAAAGAACAACACAAUACUGAACACUAAACACCCGCGCAUCUAUUGUUUUGAUUUUCACUCGAGACAAUAGCGAACGCGAUCGAUUAUGCUGCCAUACUCACCCCUUACAGGAGUGAUGCAUGCACAGCAAAGAACAACACAAUACUGAAUACUAAACACCCGCGCAUCUAUUGUUUUGAUUUUCACUCGAGACAAUAGCGAACACGAUCGAUUAUGCUGCCAUACUCACCCCUAACAGGAGCGAUGCAUGCACAGCAAAGAACAACACAAUACUCGUCCGUAAGUAGAAGUAUCUCAAUAUUGCCAAAAAGUAAAAUGGGCAACAAUUCCCAGAAAAAAUACAGAACGAUCACAUAACAUAAGUGGAAUUCUGGCUCAAAAAGCUGAAACCUUUUCGAUUGCGUGUGCUGGUAUCAAGGGCACCAAAAUGUCAAAUGCGUUAUACCAUUAUCACCAUAUCGUUUUUCAACAUGUAUACCAUUUUCAUUGAUGUGAAGUAAAACAAAGACUUCACAUAUGUAGACUAGCAGCACGUGAAAAUAACAAUAAAGCUUAAAUUGAGGGGCCCAGAAUCAAAAGGGUGUAAGUGACCAUAUCAAAAAAUUCUUCAGAUUUCAAGCUUUCAGGAACUUUUUUACAGUUAUUUUAACGAUGAUUACAAAUAUAACAAUAAAUCGUAGAAAAUUGGGUCGAUUUUGAAACUCCAAAAUGUAUGGGAUGAAAAAUGGGUGAAAAACUUUAAACCUCAUUUACUCGAAAGUGGGUUUUUGUCACUUACACCCCUUUGCUUCUAACCCCCUCAAUUGUGAUGAAACUUUGAAGACUUUAAGCAAAUAUAUUAUAUAAACAAUAUGAUUCACUUCCGCGUUCCCCAUACAUUGAAUUGGCGAACAGCUUACAGCACCAUCUAGCGUCAAACGCGGCAAUCAACCCUAAAUUAAACCACAUACACUAAAUUCUGUUUUUACGCGAUGGAUGCGUUCGCGCAAAAAAAGAUCGUGUAAAAAAAGUUCGCGUAACUUAGAGAAUUCGCGCAAAAAAAUCCAAAGGAAAUUUUUUUUACGCGAUUUGCCCUCCGCAAAUGACCAAAAUCGCGUAAAAAAAAGUCGCGUAACUUCGAGAAAAUCGCGUAAAAAAAGUCGUGCAAAAUAAAAUCGCGUAAAAAAAAAGUCGUGUAAAAAAAGAAUUCAGUGUAUUUGCAAAAUAUGUUUAACCGUAUCUCCAUGACAUUUCCUUUUGUUAUGGUCGUCAAUCAUAUUUAGGGAUGUACAAGAUUCAAUUUGCACAAACAAAAUUAUGAUAUUGGACAAAGCAAAUAUUAAGUUUAUAUUUUGUAACUGUCGUAUAUCAGUGAUGGAACAUGCGCAAUUUGACGAUUCGCAAUUAUCAUUUUUUUUUUCCAGGAGCAUAUUUUUUUUGGAAGUACCGAUAAGUGAAAUAUUUUGGUCAAAUUGCUAUAGCUAAUGGUGAUACUUGUUGAUUCAUUUUGACUUAAAGUAUAUUGUGUGCGAAAACUAUUACGCAAAGACUAUGAUUUGUUUAUUUAAACCCUAAACAUUUUGAUAUUAUUUAUCGAUAACUGAAGAGAUUAUUGACAUCCCUAGUUCACUAAUGUUGACAGCGUGUGUAUUUCUGAAGGGCAUACGUUUUUAGAGUGUAAUAGUUGCCACGUUCGUCACAAGCGGCGCCACAAGCACAGGAUAAAGGGUCGCCAGAAAUAGCUGGAAGUGAGUUAUAUUACACUAGUUUACAGCAUUUUUGAACUCGGUAAGCUGAUGAUCAUUUUUGGUGUAGAAUCAUGCCCUGAGUUCGAAAACGCGAAAGAAAAAAAUUACAGUAGAGCGGAAUUUUUUUCGACUUUCCAUACAAGGUUGAUGAUUUGAAAUCGAUUUUUGUUCUAUUUUUAAGCAAAGUCGCUCACUUCAAACAUCUCAUUCUCCGUAAUCAAUGCUCCGAUUGAGCUAAAAUUUCUACUGUAACUCGCCUACAUAUGAUAUGUCAAAUAAACGUCGAGAAAGAAUUUUUUAGUUGGUUUUUUCUUAUUGAAAAAGAAUACCUUUCUUCAAAAAAUUUUGGGAAUUUUGCUAAAAUUUGAGAAGAUCGUCCCUAAAACUCGCCAAUAUCUUGAAUUUCAUCAAUCUGACGCAAAACCUGUAUUCAGGUGAUCAAAUGGUAUUGUAUUCAGCUUUUAAUUUAUGGAAAAAGAUUUACAAUUGGUUGAACAAAACGCAAUAUAUUUGAGUUUUAGUAAAUUACAUAUUUUGAAAAGUAGCAAAACUCGAUAUUGAGCUAAAACUCAAAAACUGACCUACUCAAAAUUUUUUGUAGGUCAGUUUCGAAAUCAGCACUAAAUUGAGCUUCAAAAAUUUUGGUCGUUGACAGAAGUUCACGACUUUCGUUUUAUUUUGUAAACUUGUGUUAUUAAUAUAGUAUAUUUGACUUUAGUCUAGAAUAUGUUUUUCUAGUCUCAAAUAAAAACGUAAAUCGAUAUGUGUUAAGUGGAUGUGCUAUUCCGUAGAUUUCAAUCAUUUUAUAACUAAAUGAAUGGGUGACUUGUCUGCAGCAAGUUUUGCGCAUGUGCCAGCUACCAAUCUUCGUUUAUGUGGUCUAUCUAAAAAAUGGACUACUACUUGGAUCGGAUUUUUUUUGCUUUCCAUUUAUCAAUGACAGUUUGAUGCCUUCUAUACUAGAUAUACCUGUGGCGCGUGCUGCAAAAAGGGUGCAACUUUUUCCUUCGUUCUGGCUAUGGAGUUUCACUUAUGUUACGUGGAAAGAUGCUGGAAAAACUUGUCAUUAGAAGGCGCAGAAUGUUGGUAAUUGACAAAUUGAGAGAUCAAAUUUGUGACAAGAAGUCGCUUUCGGGUGGGAUUCGAACCCACGAUUCCGUAUUCGCUAGACCAGCGCGUUAACCAACUAAGCCACAGAACAAGUAACGAUUCUGUGAAAUAGAAAGCCAUAAGCCGAUGCGUCGCAAGCUACCAUGGAUACAAUGAUAUAUACUGGGUACUGGGUUUUAUCAGAUUUGCUAGCUGGUAUGUCUGAAACAUACUGGAAAAACUUUUAAUUAGAAAGCACUGAAGAGAUUCUCCAAGAUUUUUUGUGAAUAUGUUUAUUUCUUUGGGCUCCUUCUGAAACUCCACCAAAAAUUACUAUAGAAAUUCGGAAAUUUUGGAAUACUUUACAGGGAUUGCUUUAGAAAUUCUCUCAAAGAUUCUUUCAAUCUUCCAGUGGCAAAUUAAAAAAAAAAAAAAACAUCCAAAUUGGUUCAGGUACACGAAUUUUUCAAGAAGUUCACCAGAGAUUUCGUCUUAAAUAACUUCCGGAACUCCAUUAAAAAAUUCCACACGAGUGAAUUAGUUCAGAAAAUCCUUUUUUUUGUAAAUUCCGCAGACGCUUCUCUAUGCGUUUUUUAAAUCUUUUUUAGGAAACUUUCUAUUAUUUCCUCAAUUAUUUUUUUUUUCAGGAACCCCAUCAAUGAUUUCCUAAAAAGUUUCUUCACAUAUUUCACAAGGAAGUUCUAGGUUCUUCCAGAAAUUGCUCAAAAUUAUUGAGAAUUCUUCAAGGAUUCUCUGAAGGAAUUUCUAAGACAUCCUUGUAGGACUGCCCCAGAAAACCCUCAUAAAUUCUGAUGAUGUUUUCGGGAACUCCUAGAAGAAAAUCUUGGAUGAAUGCCUAGGAUAAUGCCAAGGCGAAUACCUAAAAUACCCCCUUAAUUCUCAGGAAAAAAAUCAUGAUCGUAUGAAGGUACGAAAUUCCAAUGGAAAAUGACUGAGAAAACAUCUGGAGGUAUUUGAUGGAAGUCUUGAAGGAAUACCUCAAAAAAAUUCUGGAGGAUUUUCCGCAAGAAUACUUGGAAGAACUCCUGGAGAUACCUCUGAAGAAAUUCUCACAAUAGUUUCUUUUAAAUUUCUGAGGGGAUAAUUUCUUUCCGGAAGUUAUCUUGGUAUUUCUUUUAGAAAAAAACUUAAUUAUCUUAAAAGGAAGUGUAAUUGAUGAAUUGUGGAGUAAUUCCACAUCGCAAUAAAAAAUCUUGAGAGGAACUCUCCAAGAUGGAUUUAUCGGAGGAAUCUUGCGAGAAAGUGCAGAAGAACUCCUCAAAAGAACACCUUGAGGAACUUCAGAAGGAUCUGUUUGAAAAAUCUCAGAAGAAAUAUCUGGAGGAAUACUACUUACUUACUUUCAGUCCUGGGCACCCAUGGUGGUGCGGAUGACCGAAUAGAAAGAUCUCCAUCCUGGGCGAUUGCCAGCCAUCAUCGCUUUGACCUGUGACCAGGUCAAAUUUCUGACGACUUGCUUGAAUUCAUUAUUGAGGCUGCGCCGCCAUGCGCCUCUGGGUCUGCUGCAUUGUCCUGCUGGUAUCCAAACUAACGGUUGCUUGCAGAUUUCGUUUCCGCCUUUGCGUAGAGUAAAGCCGACCCACCUCCACUUUCGCUCUCGCAUUUCUGUAGCUAUCGGCUUUUGAUGACAUGGACGAUGGAGCUCCACGUUGGAGGCCACCAUGCAUGAAUUAUAUACCACAGGCAUCUAUUGAUGAAGACCUGCAGCCGUUGAGUGUUCUCCACUGAUACACACCAGGUUCUGGAAGAAUACUACCGACAAAAAAAAACUCUUGAAAAAUAGAAGAAACUCUGGAACAAAUGACAUAAAAAUCUGGUGACCAGCAUCCACAUAUUCGCCUCGUUCCAUCCAUAUUCACUCCUUUUUGCUGCUGAGUGGUUUCCAAUGUGAAUAAAGAUGCAAAGUAGAAAUCAGAAAACCUGUUUUCAAGGAACCUCAGAAAAACCUUCUUGAGGAACCCCAGAUGAAAUAUAUGAAGAAAUCCUAAUAGAAACUAAUGAAAAAAGAAACAAAAAUGAAAUCUGGAAGCGAUAUAAAAAACAAAUCUUGAUUUAUUUCAGAAGGAACUCUUUAAACAAGCUCAUUGGGAAUAUCUGAAGUAAUGUCAGAAUAGAAGGUUGGAGGAACUUCAGGAGCAAUCAACCUAUCUAUUUAUAUAUCUGUCUCUCUGUCUGUCUACCUGUGUCCCUUACAGACCUACUACUAGACUGAUUAUCGUGAUUACAUGCGAGAUUUUUGGGUCAGAGAAGGUUCUUAUGAUGGUUUGAGACUCCUCCUCCCACUGGAAAGGGGAGCUCCCAUAUAAAUGAAACAUAAAAAAAACAGAGAGAUGCGACAACGUAUAGCCUAUAGAUAUAGAACAGCACGUGUUGAACCGGCAAUGCAAUGUUUGCCGAACCAACAAGUUCUUAAUAAAACACACCAGGAACUCCUCAAGUGAACUCCUUGAGAAAUAUCAGAUAAGCCUUCUGAAUGAAUCCCAGAAGGAAAAAAAUUCACUGAGAAAUUUCAGGAUAAAAUCCUUGUAUCUUCGGAACAUCUUCUGGAGGUAUCUCAGAAGGAAUUCCCACAAGGAGCUUUACAUUAAACUCAUAAGGAACCCUUUGUGGGAUUCCAGGAGAAAUUCCUUGCGAAAGCUGCGGAGGAACUUCUAAAGGAAAAAAUAAUCCAUAGAAUAAUUUCGGAAGAACUGCAUAAGCAAUUUCGAAAGGACCGUUUCGAGGAAUCCAGGAAGAAAUUAAUAAAGGAAUCGUUAAAAAAAAAUCACAGGAUAUCUCAUAAGGAAGUUCUUGAGGAAUCUUAGAACUAACUUCUGAUGGUCCAGAAGAAAUAACAAGAGUAAACGAAGAAGUAGCUCCUGAUAUAAAAUCACAGAAGGAACUGCACGAAAAAAAAAGAAAAAAGUAGAAAUGCCAGAAUUAAAUCUGGUUGAAAUACCAGAAGAAACAACUGAAAAAAAUCCAGAAGAAUCUCUAGGAGAUAUCUUAUAUGAAUUUUCUAGAAAAAUUAUAAAAAUCUCUAAAGAAAUUUCUUGAAUAACCUCAGAAGGAUUCCAAGAAUAACUCCCAGAAGAAAUAUAUGCAAAAGUUUCGCAAAUUCCGACUUGUCGCUAGGUUCCAAAACUGAUAAACAAAACUUGCAUCUUCUCCAAAACAUCUAAGUAUCCGGAAGAUUCAGGAAUAUGUGGCCAAAAUCGUCUUUAGUUAUUUUGACUCGUAAAUACAUGAAGAUUUGAAGACUCAAUCAAUUUCCAAAACUAAUCAUAAACAAAAUGUGACAGAAUGUGCUCCAAAUGGUCAAAAAUCAACUUCUUUCGUAAAUCCAUGACGCUUGACUUGUCGAUAGGCAUGCAUCGAUAAUCGACACUCUUGGAAAUGAUUUCAGAGCCAUCCAGUUACAAAAACUAUAGAAAUUACUGGUUAUUUUGGUGAAGCAAUGAAAAUUGGCACAUGAACUUGCAAAAAAACUGGCUUUAUCGAAAAAAUUCACGAAUAUUUAAAAAAAAAACUUUAAAGGCCCGAGUAGCCCCAGCUGUAAUGGCGUGGGUAUACAGCAAGACCAUGCUGAGGGUGACGGGUUUGAUUCCCGGUCGGUCCAGAAACUUUUCGUAACGAAAAUUGUCUUCACUCCUUUGGGCAUUGAGUAUUGUCAUGCCUGCCACUCGUUAUGAAAAAUGAUUGUUGGCAGAAGAAGCCCUUAGUUGAAAACUGUGGAUGUGCUGAAAAGCUGGCUUUGUCCCAGUAGAAACGUUAUGUCAAGAAGAGGAAAAACAAAAUUUAAAAAGGUCCAUAAACAACGGUAAUAUAAUUGAGAACCGUGAGUGCCUGGUACAGUAUUCAUCAACUUUCCUAUGGAUAAGAAAGCAAACUGUAAAACUUCCCAAGUAAUCACGCCACUAAAGCCGUAAUGCAUGCAUAAAUACGGUGUUAAUAAAGCAAGCUUGCUCUGUAUAUAUAAUUGAAGUUGAAUUGAAGUUAGAAAGGACCCAUGUAUAUUCGUAUUGAAGUUAACUUCAAUUUUGCUUUUUUUAGCCCUUGUCCACUUCAAUUCAACUUCAAUUGUACAUGCAGAGCAAUGCUUGCUGUAUUUUCACCGUAUUUAUGCGUCCAUUACGGCUUGAUCAGCGUAAUUACUUGGGUUGAUUUGCGAUUGCUCCAACAGUUUUAACAUUAUUUUGGUAAGGGGAACUUACGUUCAGCAGUUUUGUUCUCUUCGUCUUGGCGGGUUUUUUGAAACCUGUUGAACUCAAAUCCUUCCCAACCAAACUGAGUUAUACAUAUGCCCAAAUUUCAGGCAAUUUGGUCCAUAAAAACCCCCCAUGACGAAGAGAACAAACCUGCCGAUAAUACCCUUCGUCGCCCAAUAUUGAAUCCUUGUGAUGAUUCUUUGUUCUGUGGCCCCACUCUUGGCGUUUGCGGCACUGAAUUGAACUCUGACUUUUUUCUUCAUGCUUACACAAAUAUUGUCACGUCAUUACGAAGUUGAACAUAAGCUUCACCAGACGACACCUGUUGGUUUUUAGAUGGAAUUGAGAUGUCUGGAAUAGAAGCAGAGAGAUUUCGAAGAAAUGCUUCAAAAGUGACAUUAUCGCUUGUUUCUCAACAAUCUAAUCAAGUAGACUAAAAACGAAUGACAGUGUCAUGAUGAUAAUCAGAAACUUUUCCCACCAUCCAAACUACCAACCAAAAGGAAAACCACAAGACUUGCCCUCGCGAAACAGAAGAAUCCCAUUUCAAUGUUGAUUAUCUUCAUCAUCAUCAUUAGUCACCCAAGCAUCUGUCCAUCGUCUGCGGACGGAAAAUUUAUCAAUCCCACUCGGGAAAGUCUGCCUGAUUCAUUUGAUCCGAUUCCAAGAAAAAAUAAAUUAAAAAAUUAUGACACUUCUAUCUGAAACUCAUCGACCGCAAACCACAACCUCACCGGGAAACUUUCCCAGUCAAACAUUUGCCAGACUUUCAUCCUCUUCCUCGUUCUGUUUUCCCCCACCUCCCCGUGCGGUUGCAUCGAGCAUUCACACCACACCACCACCACCGGUAGCUGCACUCAAGUAUUUCGACACCGUAAUCCGUCUCUUCCGAUUGUGAUUCAUUUUUCUCCCUUAGCCACCACCGCCAGUAAGUAGAUCAAAGUCAUCAGCAAACGAGAACGAGUAGAAAAGUACGGAAAGUGGAAAAGCUGGAAAGGAUAGCAACCUACCCUACUGGAGCCUAAUCCAAAAAUAGCGUAUAAACUGACUGCAAAGGACAGAAAUGUGUUUCAUGUUCCAAACAAUUCCACUGCAUAGUGCGAGAGGUAUUUUGAGAGAUUAUCUGUGAACCUUUUAUGAGUAGGUAUUUUUACUGAUUGUAUGCAUAACUAUAUCGGUUUUAUGAAGCAUCAUGCGUUUUUUCCUCACGUAUAUUGGAGAUUUUAUUGACGUGUUAGAGAAUCGAAAGAUGCAUUGUUGAACACAAACAUCUGUUAUCGUGUAUGCGCUGAAUGCGCAUAGUAUUUAAACCACAGAUAGAAAGAUGCGUGUAAACUUCUGUGACAUGAUUGGAAUAUGGGGUUUCACAGAAGUUGACAUGUCACAUGUUGACAUGUCAUGUAAACUUCAUGUCAUAUCAUGUAUCCUGUGACUUAAAUGAAGUUCACAUGACAUGUAAUCCUCAUUAUUUUUAUCUGUGUAGCUAAGACAAGUAACCAAUGGAUGGUAAUCUGAAAACAGUAAAAUUAAGCUCGAGAUGAAGAUAAAACUCUUAAGAAUCGUUGCAAAAACAAUAAUAGGGGGAUUCACUAAACAGCGUAAACUGAUUAAACUGAUUAAACGUCGUGAUCACCAAGGCAAUCUUUGCAGAAAAUCAUGGCUUACGCAGCAAUUUAAUCUGUUUGGUGAGUACCCCUAAUAUGAAAUAAAAAAAAACUCUAAAGCCCUGUUGAGCUAUCAAUUAGCGAUGGUAGACUAAAUGUACAAGUGUUUAAUUCAUGGAAUCAAAUGUGCGAAGAUAUAUUUGUACAAUAAAAUUAAAAGAAAUAUUAGCGGUGGCGUUCUUUCAUCCGAAAUACUCCAUCAAUUGUCAUAGUAAUACUUCUUUAUUCGUACAACGUAUCCGAGAUAAACAGUAAAAGUCGAUUCUUACACUCUAAAAACAAAUACUCUGGACGGAGUCGGGUGAGAUUUCACAUUUAGUGUACGUUUUCCUUGAGUUUAUCGUUCUACUUAU